AUGCGGUUGUUUGUACUCCAUAAUUGAAUUCUUGAAUUCUUCGAUUUUUUAGAGAUUAUUUUUUUGUAUUUUAGUUGUAUUCGGUAGUAUUUUUUUUUAUUGGAAGGAGAAAAAUUACGUCGGAUAUUUUGUAGUGAUAUUUUUAAGAAUUUGUGGACUUUAUUCUUGAGAAAGUGAAUGAUUUUUAAUAUAUGAUUUCGGAUUAUAUAUAAAGAAAUCAUGUACGGCAUUGUGAGAAGUUCUUCGAGGAUAUUGAAAUUUCAGAAUGUCAGAUAUGCAUCUCACUCGUGUAAAAUUUUGGUACUUGGUGGUGGAUGUGGAGGUUGCACAAUAGCAGCAAAAUUUUCAAAGAAGUAUAAAGAUCAACCAAAUCAUGUGAUAAUUGUUGAGCCCUGUGAAGAUCACUACUACCAGCCAAUAUUUACUUUGAUCGGCGCAGGAGUAGGAAAACUUGAAUCAGCCCGAAAAAAAAUGAAAGAUGUUCUUCCAAAAGACGCGCAAUGGCUAAAAGAUUCUGUCGUUGGUUUCGAUCCCGAAAACUGUAAAGUGACCACCAAAAAUCAUACUAUUCAGUACGAAAUUCUCAUUGUUGCCCUUGGUCUCCAAACUAACUGGAACGCGAUCCCAGGAUUGGCUGAAGGUCUCGAAAAUCCAGAUGCGCAAGUCUGUUCAAUUUACGGACCGAAUACCGUUUCGAAAGUUUUUGAAAAAAUCAAAAGAACGAAAAAUGGUAGCGCCCUUUUCACUUUUCCAAAUAGUCCAAUUAAAUGUCCUGGCGCUCCACAGAAAAUUGCAUACCUCGCUGAAGAUUACUGGCGCAAACAAAAAAGGAGAUAUGCCAUAAAUGUUGUUUACAACACUACCUUACCAGUGAUUUUUGGUGUGAAGAAGUACGCCGAUUCUCUUUGGGAAGUUUGUAAAAGAAGAAAUAUUAAUGUGAAUCUCCAAACGAAUUUGGUCGAAAUCAAGCCUGAUAAAAAGGAAGCAGUCUUUCAGAAUCUAAAAAAUCCGGAAAAAAAGUGGACCACCGAGUAUUCACUUUUGCACGUGAGUCCGCCAAUGAGUGCACCCGAUGUUUUAAAAAGUAACUCCUUAACAAACGAAGCCGGCUUCUUAUCCGUUUCUCCAAAAACUCUGCAACACACUAAAUAUUCGAAUAUCUACGGACUUGGUGAUUGCACGAGUUCUCCAAAUUCCAAAACGAUGGCUGCGAUUGCACCACAGUCGAAAGUUGUCUACAAAAAUAUUAUGGCUACAUUGGAGGGAAAAGAGAUGGAUCAUUGUUACGAUGGCUACGCAUCUUGUCCUUUGGUUACUGCAUAUGGAAAAUGCAUUCUCGCUGAGUUCGAUUACAAUUUGCAACCGAGAGAAACUUUUCCCUUUGAUCAGGGAAAAGAAUCUCACGCAGCUUAUUUGAUGAAGAAGGAGGCUUUUCCUUUUAUUUAUUGGAACCUCAUGCUUAGAGGACACUGGAACGGACCAAAAAUAUUCAGAAACAUUUUCCAUCCUUUUGAAAAAACACCGGAAGUUUGAAUAAAAUAUCACCUUGGUCUCGACAUCACUUUUUCCUAAAAAUAGCUCUCAACGAAUGAAGGGAAACUUCUACAAGCUUGGCUUUAGGAAAUCCAGCAAUAAAUACCGAUUUAUAGACAAUCGAUCAGUAGCACUAUCGGGAUAAAACAUUUUUAUACGAAUCAACAAUUUACAAUCUGUCGCGCGUUACCUUAUUAAAUAAUGGGACAAAAGUCCAAAAGCUCGUGACCGAAAUUGUUUUUCCUUUAUCUUUUAUUCUCUGUAUAAUACUGUGAUAUGUGUACAUCAAUGCCAUACGGUCAAAUGUAAAGUGAUGCAGAGCACUAAUCUAAAAUCGUCUCUCGAUUGGUAACACAAAUUACUGCCGACAGUAAAUUACAGUACCUCUAUUCAAUAUACGAGCCUUAGUAUUACAAGUUACUCCAUUGCAACGUCGUUAUCGAGUAAUAACAGUGAUAAUGAUAUGUAUUCUAUCCAACGAUAAACUAUCGAGAAUCCAGACUUCCGUCUCGUUAUUUCCAAUCGCAUCAGACUUUCGGAUUUCACGAGGAUGGGAAUUUGCGAAGGGAUUAGAAACAACGAGAAUAGAAACAAUUAGAUCGCUUUCCUAAGACACUACGCUUUAUUGUGGACAGUUAAUUUUGCGUUACGCGUGAUAAUUACGCUCUCUUAAAAAUGCACUCUUACAAAAUUACAACUAGAUUAAAAUCAUAAGUUGCCGUAAAAAAAAUAAUAAUAAUAAAAGCGUAGCGUGUCUAUAUAAUGGUGCAGAGGUGUUCUCUUCACACAUAAUCUACUCAUUAAUUCUAAAUCCUAUAACGUAGGAAGGAAUGAUAAUAAUCUACGCACGGUGCGACUCUAAUACUUGCAAAUAUCGCCAAAACAAAAAAAACAUCGAAACUAUCCUUCAGAUAAAAGUUAAGUUCCCUAAAUUUAAGGUUCGUAAAUUAUCCGAUGCAGGUAUCUAUUUUAUAUACACAUAUCGUAAUGCAAAUAAUGCAAUGGGGUAGUAUAUUUGCCUACCCGAGCUGCCUCUACUCACGCAUCCAAACACUGUGCUCUCCACUUAAUGUUCAUAUUGUACGAAAGACGCUCACUUAUUCAAUGGAUAAAAUUUUCGGGUUCACUGAAAAAAAAAAAAAAAA